UUCCGCUUCCGGGCUAUCCUUUGCCGGAAGUAGUGUAGGAGUGACGCGAAAGUGUCGCGCAAUGGUAAUUCCGGAAGAAACAAAAGUGCGGCGUGAUCAUGGGGAAGCAAAAGAAGACAAGGAAAUAUGCGACCAUGAAGCGAAUGCUUAGUCUGAGAGAUCAGAGGCUUAAAGAAAAGGAUAGAUUAAAACCUAAAAAGAAAGAAAAGAAAGAUCCUAGUGCACUCAAGGAAAGAGAAGUCCCCCAAUACUCUUCUUGCUUAUUCUUCCAAUACAACACACAGCUGGGCCCACCUUACCACAUCCUGGUUGAUACCAACUUUAUCAACUUUUCCAUCAAGGCUAAACUGGACUUAGUGCAGUCCAUGAUGGACUGUCUCUAUGCCAAGUGUAUACCUUGUAUAACCGACUGUGUAAUGGCUGAAAUCGAGAAACUGGGGCAGAAGUACCGAGUGGCUCUAAGGAUUGCCAAGGAUCCAAGAUUUGAACGAUUACCGUGCACACACAAAGGAACCUAUGCAGAUGACUGCUUAGUACAGAGAGUAACUCAGCACAAGUGUUACAUUGUGGCCACAGUUGACCGGGACCUUAAACGAAGAAUCAGGAAGAUCCCUGGAGUUCCCAUCAUGUACAUUUCUAAUCAUAGGUACAACAUUGAGCGGAUGCCAGAUGAUUAUGGAGCCCCUCGGUUCUAGUGCUUAAAGGAUGAAGUUCCUCUGCCUUCCUUCAACCAGCUUUCUCCGUUGCCAGUUUAUUAAACGUGCUACAGAAUGAGUUGUUAUUGCUCCACUCACCCACUUGCUCUGUUAUGUGCUAAGUAGAAUUAAAUACACUCACUUUUUGAUGUUGCUUUGAAAAUAGUAUUUUCUAUCAUUUUAAUAUUUGUUACAUCUUUUUUAUAAAUCAGAUGACUGCUCACA